AUGAAUGGCCUCGUUCACUAUGAAAAAGUUUCCCAAAGAUUUUCUAUCUUGGAAGAGAGUAGAGAUUCUGUGUCUCUACAUAUGGGCCGACCUGAUCUCCCUUUGCCUCUUUUCGAGAAGAUUCUACCGGAGAAUCAAGAACAAGACUAUGUUUUUGGUAUGCUUGCAUUCCCCUUGUUGGACCUUGGACAUUUAGCUGAAGCUGAGAAGGCUGCUAGGAAAGGAAAUGAGAUCAACAAAACGACUUUUGGGCGCAUCAGUGCGAGAGAUGCUCAGCUUCAUGGCAUUGUUGCUCUUCCUUCAGACAAAUCAGAAACAUCUUCUGGAAACAUUAUUAAAGACACCCAAACAUUUGCAACGUUUCAACUAGGUAUUCACAUCAACUGGUGGCAUGUCACUGUCUGUUACUUGGUAGGAGGUUAUCUCAUAAGUGAAGUACAAGAAAUAUAUGAUAAUCAAGCAAUGUGGUACCAAGAGUGGCUUUUUGACAUUACAACAAUUUGGUUGUUGAGUAAAGUUGGAAACAUUUCACGAGCACAUGUACUGCUCGAAGGUCUCAAGUCCCGAACAUGUAAUAUGAGCAAGAAGAUACAAAAGUUGAUGGGGAAAGCGAUUCAGCAGUCAAGUACUAUAGAGGAGCAUAAAACAGAGAGAUGGUGCUCCUUUCUUGUGGCGUUUGCUGAGAAGAGGUACAUCAACGCAAUAUAUACAGGAGCUGUUGUAGCUACAUGUGAGAAAACGAAGGUGUUGGAAUCUUCAUAUUAA